CUGAAUACCAAGUGCAUCGUGGAGAUGGAAGGGAACCAGACUGUACUUCACCCUCCGCCUUCCAACACCAAGCAGGGAGAAAGAAAACCACCUAAGGUGUUUGCCUUUGAUCACUGCUUCUGGUCCAUGGAUGAAUCAAACACCACAAAAUAUGCAGGUCAAGAAGUGGUGUUCAAGUGCCUUGGAGAAGGAAUUCUUGAAAAGGCCUUUCAGGGAUAUAACGCUUGUAUUUUUGCCUAUGGACAGACAGGUUCAGGAAAAUCCUUUUCAAUGAUGGGCAAUGCAGAGCAGCUGGGUCUGAUCCCACGGCUCUGUUGUGCUUUAUUUCAGAGAAUUGCUGUGGAAGAAAAUGAAUCUCAUACUUUUAAAGUCGAAGUGUCCUAUAUGGAAAUCUACAAUGAGAAAGUCAGAGAUCUGCUUGACCCAAAAGGGAGUCGGCAGUCCCUUAAGGUUCGAGAGCACAAAGUGUUGGGACCGUACGUAGAUGGCCUGUCUCAGCUGGCUGUUACGAACUUCGAGGAUAUUGAGUCACUGAUGUCGGAGGGAAACAAAUCACGAACAGUUGCUGCAACCAACAUGAAUGAAGAAAGCAGCCGCUCUCAUGCUGUAUUCAAUAUUAUAGUGACUCAGACACUUUAUGACCUGCAUUCUGGUAAUUCUGGAGAGAAGGUCAGCAAGGUCAGCCUGGUGGAUUUGGCUGGGAGCGAGAGAGUGUCCAAAACGGGAGCUGCAGGAGAACGCCUGAAGGAAGGCAGCAACAUAAACAAAUCACUUUCAACACUGGGCUUGGUUAUAUCAUCACUUGCUGACCAAGCAGCAGGGAAGGGGAAAAACAAGUUUGUGCCUUACAGAGACUCUGUACUCACUUGGCUUCUCAAGGACAACUUGGGAGGAAACAGCCAAACUGCCAUGAUAGCCACAAUUAGUCCAGCAGCAGACAACUAUGAAGAAACACUCUCUACUCUGAGAUAUGCAGACAGAGCCAAAAGGAUAGUUAAUCAUGCUGUGGUGAAUGAAGAUCCAAAUGCUAGGGUCAUCAGAGAAUUACGUGAAGAGGUUGAAAAACUGAAAGAACAGCUCUCACAAGCUGAGGCCAUGAAGGCACCGGAACUGAAGGAAAAACUGGAAGAAUCUGAAAAACUAAUAAAAGAGCUAACAGUCACCUGGGAAGAAAAGCUAAGGAAAACGGAAGAAAUUGCACAGGAGAGGCAAAGACAGCUAGAGAGCAUGGGAAUUUCCCUUGAGUCUUCAGGUAUCAAGGUGGGGGAUGACAAGUGUUACCUGGUGAACCUGAAUGCAGACCCUGCGCUCAAUGAGCUUUUGGUUUACUAUUUAAAGGAUCACACAAGAGUUGGUGCAGAUACCUCUCAGGAUAUACAGCUCUUUGGUAUAGGAAUCCAACCAGAACACUGCGAGAUUGAUAUUGCGUUAGAUGGAGAAGUUACACUCACACCAAAAGAAAAUGCAAGAUCCUGUGUAAAUGGUGCACUGGUAUGUUCUGUCACUCAGUUAUGGCAUGGAGAUAGAAUAUUAUGGGGAAACAACCACUUUUUUAGAAUCAAUUUACCAAAGAGGAAACGACGAGAUUGGCUGAAAGACCUUGAGAAAGAAACUUCAUUAGGAGAGCAUGAUCUGGAUGCAGCUAGUGAAGCUUCUUCAGAACCAGACUACAACUAUGAGUUUGCACAAAUGGAAGUUAUUAUGAAGACACUGAAUAGUAAUGACCCAGUACAAAAUGUGGUCCAGAUUUUGGAGAAGCAGUACUUGGAAGAGAAGCGGAGCGCUCUUGAGGAGCAGCGGCUGAUGUAUGAACGUGAGUUAGAGUUGUUGCGGCAGCAGCUCUCUCCAGAAAGGCAGCAUCAGCAUGGCAGCGACAGACUCUCCUACACUGCUCAGACUGCACAGCAGAAAGUAAAUCUCUGGACAGAAGAGAGGGAUGAAUUGUUUCGACAGAGCCUGGCUAAACUUCGAGAGCAGAUAGUAAAGGCAAAUACACUGGUGAGAGAAGCAAACUUCUUAGCAGAAGAAAUGGGUAAACUAACAGAUUAUCAAGUAACACUUCAGAUCCCUGCUGAAAACCUCAGUGCCAACAAAAAGAGGGGUGCAAUAGUAAGUGAGCCUGCUAUUCAAGUGAGAAGAAAAGGAAAAGGUACUCAAGUGUGGACUAUUGAGAAACUAGAGAACAAAUUGAUUGACAUGAGAGACCUCUACCAAGAGUGGAAGGAGAAAAUUCCUGAGAUAAGGAAGCCCGUUGGCAGAAGAGGUGAUCCUUUCUACGAAGCGCAAGAGAAUCACAACUUAAUUGGCGUGGCCAACGUGUUCCUGGAGUGCCUGUUCUACGAGGUGAAGCUGCAGUACGCCGUGCCCAUCAUCAGCCAGCAGGGGGAGGUUGCAGGACGGUUGCAUGUUGAAGUAAUGCGAGUCACUGGGUCUGUCCCAGAACGUGUAGUAGAAGGAGAUGACUCAUCUGAGAACUCCAGUGAGAGUGGGAGUCUGGAAGUCGUGGAUAACAAUGGAGAAAUUAUCCAUAGAGCAAAAAAGCUCUCCUGCAGGGUGAAAAUAAAAGAAGCAACCGGACUGCCACCUAAUCUCUCCAACUUUGUCUUCUGUCAAUAUACGUUUUGGGAUCAAUGCAAGUCAACAGUAGCGGCACCAGUGGUAGAUCCAGAUGUGCCUUCACCUCAGAGCAAGGAUGCUCAUUUUACAGUGACCUUCUCUCACUGUAAGGACUAUGUGGUGAAUGUCACAGAGGAGUUUUUGGAGUUCAUUUCAGAAGGAGCUCUUGCUAUUGAGGUGUGGGGUCACAGAUGUACUGGCAAUGGCAGCUCUGUUUGGGAAGUUGAUUCUCUUCAUGCUAAAACUAGGACACUGAGAGACAGGUGGAAUGAAGUAACUCGAAGAAUAGAAAUGUGGAUUUCCAUACAAGAAUUGAACGAGAUGGGAGAAUAUACUGCAGUUGAACUCCAUCAGGCGAAAGAUGUAAACACAGGGGGGAUUUUCCAGCUUAGGCAGGGUCAUUCUCGCAGGGUUCAGGUGACAGUGAAACCCGUACAACAUUCGGGAACAUUGCCUCUCAUGGUAGAAGCAAUUCUUUCAGUCUCCAUAGGUGGUGUGACUGCCAGAUCAACCAAACUGCAAAGGGGCUUGGACAGCUACCAGAAGGAGGAGGAUGAUGGUGGUGAUAUGGAUAGUUACCAGGAAGAAGAUUUAAACUUCGUACGAGAAAGGUGGUCUGAUGCAUUGAUAAAACGCAGAGAAUACUUGGAUGAGCAGAUUCAGAAGAUCAGCAACAAACAAGAAAAAUCUGAGGAUGAUAUAGAACGAGAAGCCCGGCUGGUUGAACAGUGGGUAGGGCUGACAGAAGAGCGGAAUGCGGUGUUUGUUCCAGCACCAGGCAGUGGAAUUCCCGGUGCCCCCGCAAAUUGGAUUCCACCUGCAGGAAUGGAAACACAUAUACCUGUCCUCUUCCUUGAUUUGAAUGCUGAUGACCUCAGUGCCAAUGAACAACUUAUAGGUCCCCAUGCAUCAGGAGUUAACUCAAUACUACCAAAGGAGCAUGGGAGUCCAUUCUUUUAUCUGCCGAUCAUAAAACACAGUGAUGAUGAGGUUUCAGCCACUGCUGCCUGGGAUUCCUCUGUCCAUGAUUCAGUGCACCUGAAUAGGGUAACGCCUCAAAAUGAGAGAAUUUACUUGAUAGUGAAGACUACUGUGCAGCUUAGCCAUCCUGCUGCAAUGGAACUGGUACUACGCAAAAGGAUUGCAGCCAAUAUUUAUAACAAGCAGAGUUUUACCCAGAGCCUGAAAAGGAGAAUAUCCUUGAAAAAUAUAUAUUAUGCCUGUGGAGUGACCUAUGAAAUAGUAUCCAAUAUACCAAAGGCUACAGAAGAAAUUGAGGAUCGCGAGACCUUAGCGCUGAUGGCUGCAAGGAGUGAGAAUGAGGGCACAUCCGAUGGUGAAACGUACAUUGAAAAAUACACACGUGGUGUGCUGCAAGUGGAGAACAUUUUGAGCCUUGAACGACUAAGACAGGCAGUCACAGUCAAAGAGGCGCUCUCCACCAAAGCAAGAAACAUCCGCAGAAGCAUCAGCACUCCAAAUGUCCACAAUGUAUCCUGUAGCCGACUAGAUCUUUCUGCCUGUGAUGAAGAUGAUAAGGGUUGGUCUGAAAGUCACCUAGAUAUAUCUGACUGUUCUUCCAGUUAUCAAGAUGUAUCAUGCUAUGGUACUUUACCCAGGGAGUCACCUCGCAAGAGCAAAGAUGGCAGUGGUGUUGUAACAGAGAAUUCCCAUGCUUUAAUGGCCAGCCCUUUUAAAGCAUUUUCUCCUCAGCCACCAAAGUUUUUCAAGCCCUUAAUGCCAGUGAAAGAGGAACAUAAAAAGAAGACCCCACUUGAAAGCCGACCUCUGCUUAGUCAAGAGGACUCCGAGGAGGAAGACAGUGAGUUGGAGGCCAUUAAUAAGAAGCUGAUAAGUCCACAAAGUUUUCAAAAUUUCCGGCCUUACGUACCGGAGGAGUUUGCUGACUUCAGUGUUUACAAUGCUAGCCUGGAGAACAGGGAAUGGCUUUCUUCUAAAUCAGACUUCAUGAGUUCACGUGUUCUUGAGAAAGAGGUAUCCCGCAGCCCCACCACUAGCAGUAUUACUAGUGGCUACUUUUCCCACAGUGCCUCUAACGCUACUCUGUCUGACAUGCUUGUCCCCUGUAGUGAUAGCACAGACCAGCUAGCCAGUCACACGAAGGAGCUGGACUCUAAUGAUCCCUCAGGAUCAUCUCUUGCACAUGAUUUAAGAUCCUCUUCGAACAAGGAAUGUCGAGAGUCAGAAAAGGAGGUAGUGAGAGAAAAGUUACCUGUGUUACCACUGAAAGAAAACAGUGCCUUAACGGAACAAGUACCACUGUCCCUCGAUGCCGCUGACACAGACUCUCAGCAGUUACCCAGAGCUGGAUCGUUUUCGGCUUUAAGUUCCUUGGAUGGCAAAAAUACCUGUCGUACAAUCGAAUUUUCAGCGCGCGAAGCAACAGUUGAGCACACGACGGACAUUCUGGAAGAUCACUCCUUUACAGAGUUCAUGGGUGUUGAAGAUGGAAAGGACUUCGACCAUUCGACAGCUCUGCAGUCGUGUUCCCUUGUGUCCUCUAACGGAGUGAGCGCCUCGGAGCUACCCCGAGGCACUGACAAGGAGCAGAGCACAUGCGUGGGCCAGCUGAGCUCUGCAGCAGCAGCAGGCGACCGGCUUGCAGGCGCUGCGGAAAGCCCUUUUUGUUCUGUACUGGUAAAAGAGACUUCAGACCCUGAGACUUACCCUGAUACUUCCGUGGACGAUUUUAUUGGGAAGGACCACUUGGAUGGUUCCGAUUGUGAAGAAGGUGCUUCUGCAGAUCAAGCCCACGUCUUGCCCAGCUGGGUGGCCGUGGGUGAACAAGUCUGUGUUGGAAGUAAUAAGAUGGGCACGGUGAGAUACGUUGGAACGGUGGAUUUUUCAGCUGGAAUCUGGGUUGGAGUUGAACUAAAUGUUCAGCUGGGGAAGCAUGAUGGAACUGUAAAAGGCAGAGAGUAUUUCCACUGCAAACCACGACACGGUGUCUUUGUUCGUCCUGGGCGCCUCAGCAAAGCACCAGCUUCCGCGAGGAGAUGGAGUAGCACUUCACGGCCUCAGGCAUCUUCCACUUCAGAGAAACGGAAAAGUUCUGUGCUUCAAGGCUCAUCAUCCGCUCCUAAAACAGGAGGAGAAGUCUUCUGCCACUCGGGAGAUGCAGCAGCUUCUGCUUUUUCUAGGAAACAGGAAAACAGGAAAUCUUGGAUUAGCUAAACUGCAGUAUUUUUGCACUUACUACACGCAUCACUGUGUAGAAAACUUUAUGGAUUUUUGAAGCUAUUGUACAUUUUAAUCUGUCCAUACGGAAUGUGUAUUCUCUAGAGUCCUUGACUUAAUUCUCUAAUUUUUUAUAAAUUAUAUAUAUAUUAUAUAUAUGAAUGUGUAUCUAUAGUUUGUCUGCCAGUGAGCAGAUACGGCUGCACACUAAAAUACAGUUAAAGCUGAUCUGUAGAUAACUGAGGUACUGGACUAUUUGUUACGCAACAACUUGGGAGAUAUAUUUUAAACAACAAAAAAUAUUUUAUUGUGGAAAAACCAGGAUGUAAAUCCCUAUUUGGAAAAAAAAAAAAAGCUACGGUUUGCUGUUCUUAAUUACCAAAGAACUUGUUUUAGACUGACACAUUUGCUGUUUAUAUCUUUCUAUUGUAAAUGUUUUAACUGAUAACUUGGUGCCAUGUUUCUUUUAGUCACUGGGCACCGUGCAGCCUUAUGUUCUGUGUUUAAGCACACUGAAAUAUCCAACUGCUUCGUAUUUUUUUUUGUCUUCCUAGAGGCCUGCCACUGUGCUGACUUGGCGUUGGAUUGAAAUGACUAACAAUGCCUGAAGCUAUACGUCUGGCAUUUCAUAUGUUAACAUAAGCCAGCCGGGCAGUUUGACUGCAGAACCAGUAUUACUGCAAGGGUGUGAGAGGACAACAUUUUGGGUUUUUUUGCGGGGGGGGUUUGGUUUUUUGGGUGUGGGGGGGAAAUGGGGAAACAAAGAAGCAGUAAAUGGAUCAUGACUGCAAACUUUGCACUUGUUACUUGCUGGUUAUUAUCAAGAUGAAAUAGAACCUGCUAAAGUAAUUUUAAUCUGUAAAGUUUAUUUUAAUAAUGGGAACGAUGGAGGGAUUUAUGUCUGGUGCUCAUGAAUUCCUAAGAAGGUUGUUCCACGUGUAGAUACUGUAGAUGCCUGAACAAGCGUUCUGGAUAUUUGUAAAGUAACACGGUAAAAAAUGAGUGAAGUGAAUGGCCUGCUGUAUCUGUUCUUCUUUGUUUCUUAGCAAGUGAAUGAUUGAGAUACCUGGGACCUUACUGAAAAGCUGCUGUUCUUUCUUUGAUUGUUGUGUACAGUAAGCGGACUCUCGUAUUUUACUAUUUACUGUAAAGAACUGUAAUUUAUAUACUGCCAUACUGUAUUUAAUUGGUACAGACCUGUUGUGUGUUAGAAUACAGACUGUUUACUUG